CAACAGAUUGUGAGAUAGUCCAGUUUUUAAACAAAAAAUAAGAAUCAAAUAUGAACCGCACACGCCGCAACGUUGUAAAUAAACCAUUUGUUUCUGGUGGUGUCUACAGCACAAAUUGAAAGUGUGUCUCGAAACCAAUUGUGAAUUUAUUUGCAAUAGCCACUAAACGUGCCUUAAUCGCAAGUUCUUAGCAUUGUUAGUGUUAUCCCCCCACCACUCUCUUCAUUUUUAUUCGCCGGCUGCUACACUAAUACAGACUACACACACCCACACAUAUAUACAUAAGUGUAAAAAUGAAUGGUUUGUGUGGAGAGGAAUUUAUCGAUAAACAGCUGCGGCUUGCGAUUGGGGUUACUUUUUGGGGCUACUGGAAAUCGAUUCAUUCAAAAUUGUAACUAAAAUUAUUAGUUUUGCGUUAGAUAGCAAUGCUCAUUUUCUUCACUUCAAGUACCCAAACGAGUAGGCUUCCAAAAUGAUUCGUUUGGGCACUUUGGGUAGUAGGAGUGGUCAUGGCUAUUCCUGAACUAUAGUUUUUAGUAAAAUCGCCCGGCACAGCAGGCAGGUGCUGCGAUAAUACGCCCACGCCCACGCCGGCAGUAGAUCUCCCCUUGAAUGGCGCGUUUGGCAUUCCGAGAUUGAAUCCCAAUGCAGCUGCCGCUGCAGCAGCGGCUGCGACGCCGGCUCCGCAGCCAUUGGAAAAUGUGGAGACAACGCCGAUAACCGUCAAGGCAGAAUUGACUACUCCAGCAAAAAGCAACAAUUCCCGCGAAGUGGAUGCCGCGGAUCAAAAUGUUGAGAUGGAGUCCAACAACGGCGAGGACUUUGAAGAUGAUAGAAUACCAUUUAAGAAAAUAUUCCAAAAACGCAAGAAGUCUUCGGAGAGGACACGCGACAAGAAACUGCGUCAGAAUCGUCAAUUGCGCAAGUCCAUGGUGCCCAAGAAUGCGUUGAUGGCAUUGAACGAGGUCAAGGGCAUAAACAUUAGUGACUUUACGAUCAACAGUAACCCGGAUGGCGGCUUUACCGCUAUUGUCACUGUUAAUUCGGUGCAGUACGAGGGCAAGGGUCACUCGAAGAUGGCAUCAAAAAAUUUGGCUUGCGAAAAGGCUUUGCGCGAUUACAUUAUUGCCAGAAUGACACCAAGGCCGCGUUCAACACCAAAGACAGCAACUACAGGUGGCGAUGGAGCAGUAGAGCCGAUGGUUACAAACGAUGGCGAGCCAUCUGAUACACCAGAAGAUGAUGUACCCAUGUUGAAUUUGGCUUCAUUUGCCAUUUACAAGCUGUUUGCCGAAUGGGAACGCGAGGGUUUCGUUGUACCCGAAAUGCAUCCUUCAUCCGGUGGUAAUUCCAACGCUCAAUCAAAUGCCCAAGAUGCGCCAGCGGCCGCUGCUGCAGUUGUGCCCAAGGAGCCAAAGAAGCCGCCUGUGCGGACUGAGCUGCCAGCCAGCUGGGAGACGAUGCAUCCAGCUACAUUAUUAUGCGUUAUGCGUCCAGGACUUUCUUAUGUUGAUCACGGUUGCAUUGGCGACAAACCAAAUAUUAUGCAGUGUCUGGGAGUUAUUGUGGACAAUCAGGAGUUUACCGCCAAUGGGCGUUCGAAGAAGAUUGCACGUCGCAAUGUCGCCGUUAAUGUCUGUAACAGUCUGUUCAAUACGAACUUCACAUACGAAGAGUAUUAAAAUGCAUGCGGACUGCAGAAUCCUAAAUCCCAGAAUCUAUUAUGUCAACGUAUAUAAUGUUGCAAUUUCCUUAGCUUAAAACACAUGCAUGUAUAUGUUGUUCCAUUAUAAUCACUUAUUCUUUAACUAAAUAAAUAUGAAUUUUAUAGU